AUGCACGGAUGGAACGUGACGCAUACGUUGAUGGUGUUUGAGCACCAUCUUCGCCAUCGGAGGAAGUCCAAGAGGUUCGAGCAGCCGGAGAGGAAGGGGAAGGGCCGGUGCAAACCUACCAAGAAGGAGAACGAACGGGGGACGGCGAUGGUCUGGAUGAGGAUGUGCACGACCAGGGUAGUACCGACGAGAGCGCUCGGGAGGACGCGGCAAUUCGCUCACACCUUUUUCGGUCCUCCCGUCGAAUCCCCCGCAUUCAACGCAACCUUGUAUGUCCUCUUCUACAACUUCCGCAGGACCCUAACCCCCUCAACCGCUGGCGGCGCCGAAACACACUUCAAAGCGGCUCCACCGACAUGGGCCACCUCGGACAAUCCUAAAUUUCUUUCGUCUACAACUUCUCGUCCUCCGUCGUCUCGACGCCGCUCGACUGGGGCGACUCGGCAUCCCCCUCCGGCUACUAGUUCCUCGACAACCCGGACCACGACUGUCGACAAAGUUCAGGUGAACGUUCUCACCACGAUCACUGAGAAGACGAUAUGCGAGAUCCUCCGAUUUGAGAGGUUAGUGUCGGAGAACUUCGCAAACAGGAAGACAUUUAUCUCGUACAUGCUCAGCACCUCACCAAGUACGGCCACGUUGAUCUCGCAGACACGCAAGCACUCACGGACGAGCUCCGACGACGGAGAGUCUAUUUUCUGCGCUGAUUACUUCCACCUAUGCGAGUCAUCCGAGGACGGUCAACGUCUCAUAAAUGCCAUUCGGUCAUGCAGUAACAGCUACCGCACCACCUCUGAAGAAAAGCGUCACCUCAAACACAUAACCAACGAAGACCUCGACCUGACCUACCAGAAUAUCCGGCGCGCAUCCGAGGUCCACCAUUAA